CCCGGCAGCGUGGGGAAAAAGGAUAACGAUCGCAGCACAAGGGAUCGCACAUGUUAUGGUCCCCAGUGUUGGGACCAUAAAACUGAACGAAGAAACAAAUCUUGAAACGGUGCAAAAGCUCAUCAAAGUAGACGCCGUUGUAGACGGUGGGUUGGAAAAAGCGAGCGCAUAGAAACGGCUCACUUAUGGGAUCGGCCUACACAUACACACACACACGCUCUCACUCAUACACCCACAGACGGGUGAUGCAGACCGAGACUCGGGGGACAAAUUUGCCAUUUUACCACAGAAACCUUGUUGAAGAAGCAAUAAUUUACUUGACACCAACAGCCAAACGAGCGUCCUUCUCCUGCAGGGUGUAAGCAGCACGACGACAACGGCGCAGCAACGUUUCCGGGCGUACGCUCGCCUUGCUUUGUUCGUUGUGAACGUUUGAGAAGACAAAUCGUGUAGCGCUUUGUUCCGCAACGGUAGCUUCGGGGCCCUCGAGGCUAAUGCUUUUCAUCAAACGGGGAAAUUUACCAUCAGUACACACUUCAUUUCCGAUGGCACAUUGCCGAUGCCUUUGAAGGUGGUUUUUUCCUCUUUAAAGGUCUAUAUGUACCUUUGGCUGGGUCAUGUUGAAACAUAAGCUUUAGAUUUAUCAAAGAGCCUUGUACCGAGCAUGUAAAAAGGUGUUGCUGUUUUGCCUGUUAUUGUGUAAUGUUCUUUACGUUCCAUACAUUUGAACGACUUUAACGACUUUUACACCCUCUCUAACCGCAACCAAAACCGUCUGGAGUGUUCGCAUUUGUUUGUUGUAUUUGAAAAAAAAGUUUCGUGAAUCGUAUAAUAAAUCCCCUCAUUAGCCCCCAGAAGAAAUUCGAUCAAUUGUGUUGUGUGUCUAACGGCUGAUCGUUUUGUGCAUGAGUGUGUAUGGUUCAAAAUUUGUUCAUCUCUAACCCGGCGGUGUGUAUCGACGGCUGGCACACCGAGGGAAUAUCAUCAAACAACAACCGCUCAUCCACCAACAACGAGGGAAACGUCAGUCCACGUCAUCGAUUGUCCCACUCAUCCCUCAUCGCGGAAACGGUCGUAACUGUCGCGCGUUAUUCGUUAAGCUCGCUUUAGAAGUCGGUGCAUGCAAUGUAAACGUGUAAACUGUCCUACGGUAUAACAGUCACAGUGUAUGCUACUUCUAUGUUGCACAUGAAAGAACUAAUCGUUACAAAAGCUCCCUUUUGUCCCACAUAUAGUAUACUCCGUCCUAACUAAAAAGAAGGACUGAUUUGGGUGAUUGUGAUUCGAACGAUGUGAUUAGAUUGCUGUAAUUUUAAAACAGAAAACUGUGAUUCUUUUUUCGUAUUUGUGACACACACAAAACACACACCAAUAUUACCCCUCCACAAAUGUAUCCAUGCCCUGAACGCUUCACUUCCUCGUGCAAUUAAUUGAAAGCUUUCCACCCCCCACCCAAAAAUACAACAAAAAAAACAACAACACUAAACCAAAGAAAACAAAACCCUCCCAACAUGGCGGGCGAUUCCAACUCGAGCGACGAGGAGCUGCAGCAGCUGGCCCAAGCGCUCGAGCGAGGGCCGGCCAAGUGCCACGAGUGUUACGGGGACUGUGUCGACUGCGUGCCGGACUGCUGCAAGGAUACGACCGUGCACAAGUGCCACCUCGAGGGUGGCCCGGGCCGGUUCCAAACCGGCAAGAAUCUGCUCACCCGUGCGCUGCGCUACCCGCCCGGUACCGCCACCAGGAAGUGUGUGCUGACGCUGGACGGCUAUUCCUACGUAAUUGUCGCCAGCUCACCGGAGAACAAGUUUACCAAAGAUGAUAUAACGCUCGCCGGUGCUGGCCAGGGGCGCGAACAGUUGUCCUGCUGCGAUCCGGCCACCUGCCCAGGCGGUCCAACAACCAGCUACGGAUCGUGCGGAUCCACCGGACCGAUCGCAUCGGCCGGUACUACCGUACCCACAAUCACACCGUUAGCCGGGGGCAGCAGUAGUGGUACAGCACUGUCCCACACGCAACAGCAAUCAACGACGAGUCAGCAGCAGCAGCAACAACAACAAUCCGCUGGCAGCUGUUAUCCGUGCCAUCAUCACUUUCACCACCACCACCAUCAUCACCAUUGUCAUCAGCCGGUGCGAGCGGAUUGCCAUUCGCGCAACGGACAGAUAGCAAAGCAAGGAAGUCUUACAAUCGUACGGCGAACCAAUAGUAGAAAAAACACAAACAUCCAGCAGCAGCUCCAGUAUCAGGAAGCGCUAGACGAAUCAGAGUACCAGCAGCAGCCACCAUACGGUAACGAUUCCUACGCUGAAGGUAGUGGUGGUGGAAGAGGAGGAGGAGGAGGCGGAGGAGGAGGAGGGGGAGGCGAAGGUGGCGAAGGUGGCGGUGCCGGUGCCAGUUCGGAGGCCGAGUACGGUCAGCACCAUCCGCCCCUGUCCGAGUCGGAGCUCGCCUUCGUCAACAGCCAGCUAAGUCGGGAGCUCGAGAGCAUGCAACCGACGUCCGGGACCGUGAGUGUCGUCGCGAACCGUACCGAAUCGACGACCGGGGAUGAGCUGGACAAUGUGGACCUAGCAACGGACAACCUGCCGGCUGUCGAUACACCAGAUGCAUGUGAUAAAGCCGCAGUCAGACUACGAUGUCUGCUGCGGCAGCUGCAGCGCGGCGAAAUUUCCGCCGAGCUGCUGCAGAAAAACCUUCAUUACGCCGCGCGCGUACUUGAAGCCGUUUUUAUCGACGAGACAAAUCAAGAUGGUGGUGCCGGAGGAGGAGGAGGAGGUGGCAGCGGUGGUGGUGGUGGCGGUGCUACUGGUGGCGGUAGUGCAGGAGGCACUGGUUGUAGUGGCUCCGCGGCAGCGCACGGCAACGCAAGCAGCAAGGAGCCGCACCGGGGGGCGACAACGUCCGCGCCACCGACGCACGGUGGUCCGACGGGACCGCCGGCCAGCAAGGGGGUCAUACAGAGGCGACGCUUGCGGGCUCCAGUGUGGGCUCGGUCCAUGCGCCUGGCGGACGAAGAUGACGAACUAUCCGAGGUGCAGCCGGAUGCGGUACCGCCCGAGGUGCGCGAAUGGUUGGCAUCCACCUUCACCCGGCAGCUGGCGACGACGCGAAAGAAGUCGGACGAGAAGCCCAAGUUCCGCUCGGUGGCGCACGCCAUCCGGGCCGGCAUCUUCGUCGAUCGGAUCUAUCGGCGCGUCUCCAGCACCGCGCUGAUGCAAUUUCCGCCCGAAGUCGUACGCGUGCUAAAGACCCUCGACGACUGGUCGUUCGAUGUGUUCGCGCUGGCGGAGGCCGGCAACUGCCAGCCGGUCAAGUAUCUCGGGUACGAUCUGCUGAACCGGUACGGCAUGAUACACAAGUUCAAGGUGCCGCCCGCCACGCUCGAAACCUUUCUGACGCGCAUCGAGGAGGGCUACUGCCGGUUCCGCAACCCGUACCACAACAACCUGCACGCCGCCGACGUCGCACAAACCGUACACCACGUGCUCUGCCAGACCGGGCUGAUGCACUGGCUGACCGAUCUGGAGAUCUUCGCCACGCUGCUGGCAGCGCUGAUCCACGACUACGAGCACACGGGGACGACCAACAACUUCCACGUGAUGUCCGGCUCGGACACGGCGAUGCUGUACAACGAUCGGGCCGUGCUCGAGAACCACCACAUCAGUGCGGCGUUCCGCGUGCUCAAGGAGGACGACUGCAACGUGCUGCAGAAUCUGUCGCGGGACGAGUUCCGCGAGCUGCGCACGCUCAUCAUCGACAUGGUGCUCGCGACCGACAUGUCCUUCCACUUUCAGCAGCUGAAGAACAUGCGCAACCUGCUGACGCUGGCCGAACCGCAGGUGGACAAAUCGAAAGCCCUGUCGCUGGUGCUGCACUGUUGUGAUAUUUCGCACCCGGCCAAGCGGUGGGACAUCCACCACAAGUGGACGAUGCUGCUGCUGGAGGAGUUCUUCCGCCAGGGCGACCUGGAGCGGGAGCUCGGCCUCCCGUUCAGCCCGCUGUGCGACCGGAACAACACGCUCGUGGCCGAAUCGCAGAUCGGCUUUAUCGAAUUUAUCGUCGAGCCGAGCAUGACCGUCUGUGCGGACAUGCUCGAGAUUGUGCUGGCACCGAUCGCACCGAUCGCUUGCAAUGCAUCAUCGUCGAGCGGUGGGGCAGCAGCCUCAGCCGGUGCUGGGGGAAAUAGUGCGACCAACAACACGUCUAGUAGUAAUAGUAGCAACAGCAACAACAAUAAUAAUAAUAAUAACAACAAUAAUAAUCUUAAUAGUAAUACCAACGUCAACAAUAACAGUAGCAUUAAAAGUACUACCAAUACUCUUAGCGUACCGAGCAACAAUACGAACAACAAUGAAGCAAUAAGUAGUGGAACGGAGGGCGGCACCAAGGACGCCACCCCGUCCUCCGCCCCGAGCAGUGCCGGUGGCAGCGCCACGGCCAAGAACGGCAGUGCGGAUCCGAGCGAGAAGCCGAACCGCUUCAAGAUACGCAAACCCUGGACGACCUGUUUGGCCGAGAACAAGAAAAUUUGGAAGGAACAAGCCGUCCGUGAUGCGGAAGCAAGAGCAGCAGCUGCUGCAGCAGAGGCCGCUGCAGCUGCAGCGGCAGCGGCGGCCGAGGCAAACGAGCAAGCGCCGGCAGAGGAGGAGGAAGCAAAAGCGGAUGCUGCAGAGGACACAAACUAAGCUGGACACUAGAACGCAUUAUUGGUGGCCCAGGUAAUGGCGGCACAUUUUGGGUUGAUGUGAUGAUGAAGAAGAAGAAGAACAAGAAGAAGAAGAAGAGAAUGAUAAUGAUGUAGAAGAGCAGUGUAAGAAGGAAUAGUUUAAGCGAAAACUAUCAACACUAAUCCACAAAAAACCCGAGGAAUUAGAUGGAAAACAAUGCAAAAAGAGGGAGGAAAAGUCAAAAGAGUAAAUAGAAAAAGGGUAGAAAAUAAAAAAAAAAAGCAAAACUACAAGUACACACAGAUGAUAGUAAAAUUAAAUAAAUAAAAUAAAAAAAACUUUAUUAAGCAUGUAAAAAAUGGAAAAUGGCGCGUUCUAUCUAGGUGAGAAAAUGGAAAAUGGAAAGGCGCAGCGGCAUGGGGCAAGCGGAUAGUCCAUUUAUUGGUACGAAAUAAAGCGCAUAAACCAUCGCAAACCGUAAUUGUGUUAGUUGUACACCUCGUAGCAAAACACCUCUGAAACACCGCACAGUUUAAGCCCGACGACGAUCGAAGCCAAUCAAUGCAGUCUGUAUGUCUGACUGUGUGUGUACGCAAACAGGAGUUGAGAUGCAUGAAAAGUAUAAAAAGGAGCAUUCAAAUAGGACUCGCAUAACGCAAAAAAGGAAAGUGUUUAAUAAGUACCACAAAAGCGACAAAGAGAGAAAGAGAAAAAGAGGUAGAGAGAGAGAGAGAGAGAUUAAGGCAAACAAUCAGCAAUCAGAAAUAGAACGAAAACAUAUUUACAACAACAAAUUAAAAAAAAGCUCUAUUUCUACAUGCAUAAUGCUAUCAAACGCUACCGCAUAACACACACCCUACACAAACCUAUGGACAUUAAUACACGCGUACACACAAGUACACCUAAUUAUAAUUAGUGAGAUAAAAGGCGAAAGAUGGCACGACAGACAGCUCACAAAAACACAUUCAACGCACCAGUGUCGAAGACUAUAGGGCAGCAGUUGAAGAAAACAAGUAGAGACAAGCCGGCACACAUUGACGUGUUUGCAAUUGCAAUAGAAUCAGCAACUAAAAUCACGAAAGAGUUCAAUCCUGUCGUCCAAACAACCCGCUAGUAGGGUGAAAAGCUGUAGCAAAACAAACACAAAUAAAACAUAAAUACUA